CGCUGGUGUUCUUUUCUUUGCACUAUUGCGAUGUCUACUGAGAACUCGUGGGAACAUUCUCAGUCGAAGGAUGUCGGCGUCCUGGAGACACACGUCCAGGGCGUCGAUACCUCCGACGCUGAUCCUUCGGCUGAGGUGUCCCGCAAGAAACAGAGUCUCUCUGACUUUUUGACCAUUCUUGCUAGUGGAUUCGCCCUCAUCAGCGAUGGGUACCAAAAUAACCUCAUGACUAUGACCAAUGUGCUUCUAAAGGCAGAAUACCCCAAACAAUACGUUUCGGCUGUAUCGACACGUGUAUCAAAUGCCCUGCUUGUUGGGGAAGUUAUUGGUCAGAUUGUGAUCGGAUUAACAUGCGACUACAUCGGACGCAAAGCUGCCAUGGUUUUCACAACUCUAAUGAUCGUAAUCGGCGGUAUCUUGGCCACCGCAUCACACGGUGUCACUAUCAACGGCAUGUUCUGGAUGCUGACAGUUUCACGUGGUAUUAUUGGCUUUGGGACCGGUGGUGAAUAUCCCGCAUCGUCAGUUUCGGCAUCCGAAACCGCCAAUGACUUGACCUUGAAGCAGCGCGGUCCAGCCUUCAUCAUGGUGACAAACUUUCCGCUGUCAUUUGGUGGUCCCUUUGCUGUUCUGGUUUUCUUGAUUGUAUUCUCAGCAUGCCAGCAAUCCCACUACAGCACCGUCUGGCGCGUCUGCUUCGGUAUCGGGUGCAUCUGGCCUCUUUCCGUGUUCUACUUCCGGUGGCGCAUGCUGAACUCGGCGCUCUAUCGUCGCGGGGCCAUCAAGAAGCAAGUUCCAUAUGGCCUGGUGAUUCGCUAUUACUGGAAAUCACUCAUUGGAACCUGUGGUGCCUGGUUCCUCUACGACUUCGUCACCUUCCCCAACGGCGUCUUUUCCGCCAGCAUCAUCUCCUCCGUGGUCGGAGACGACUCGAUCCUCAAAACCGGCGAAUGGCAGCUCCUCCUCGGAGCCAUUUCCCUCCCGGGUGUCUUCCUCGGCGCUCUCUUCUGCAACAGACUCGGUCGCAAAAACGUAAUGAUGAUCGGAUUCGGCGGCUACCUCAUUUUCGGUCUGAUUAUCGGCUGUGCAUUUGAGAGAAUCACCAAGAUCAUCCCACUCUUUGUGGUCUUCUACGGACUCAUGCAGAGUUCGGGCAACUUUGGCCCAGGCAACAUGCUCGGCUUACUUUCGUCGGAGCUGUACGCCACCGGUGUUCGGGGUACGUGCUAUGGAUUGUCUGCGGCUGUGGGGAAAGCAGGCGCUGCUAUUGGUACCCAAGCGUUCACUCCCAUUGAAGAUAAUCUGGGUAAGAAGUGGACGUUUAUCAUUGCGGCUAUCUGUGGUAUUGUGGGAAUUUUGGUGACUUAUUUCUUUGUUCCGGACAUUUCGGGUGAGGAUUUGAGAAUCCGUGAUGAGAAAUUCCGGGCCUACCUGGUAUCGCAGGGGUGGGAUGGUGCUAUGGGUGAGGAUGAUAUGCAGGCCUUGGCGGAUGAGGGCAUUCCGCCGUCUCUCAGGGAGGAAAAGUGAUAAUGCUUUCCUUGUUGGACAUAGGGGUGGGAUGAAUGGCAGAGAAUAUGUUACAUAAUUAUAUUGAAUUGAUGAUUUUUAAGAGCCGAC